AGGCUGCCUGUUGGAUGAUGACCUUUGCAGACCAUCCGAGACCUGUGUGAACGAUGGGGUGUUUGGAAGAUGCCAGAAGGUCCCGGCGCUCGACAUGUACCGCUACGAGGUUCCGCCGGGGGUCCUGCAGCACCUGGCCGCCACCCUGCAGAAGCUUUCCCGCACAGGUUUCUCAUGGCAGGAUGACUAUACCCAGCGCGUGGUGGCCCAGGAGCUCGCACACCUGCCCAGAACCUACCCGCGGCGUCCCGAGGCUGCCCACCCAGCUAGGGGCCCGAAGAAGAGUGUUGAAGACGAAAUGAGAUACGGCCUGGAGGGAGAUGGCGGGCGGGCCUCAGCCCUUGAGCGCUACCUGGAGGCCCUGUCCCAGGCCACUGCCCCCAACGUGCUGCCCAGGAUGAAGCAGGACAGACCGCCAGCUCAGGGUGAGGACCCCCUCGCUGGCAGCGUGCUGAACUAUGUGGCCCAAACGCCGGCUCUGACCUACGCCCCUGCCUCCCGGGCCGGCUACCCCGCGAGUGGCCCUCUGCGGACCCUUGGCCGCCUGCAGCCCGAUGAGCUCAGCCCCAAGGUGGACGGUGGUGUGGAGAAGCGGAACCUGGUCGCCGCGCUAGGCGCUUACCUAGCUAUGAAGCCCCCCGAAACCCCCCAGAAGGGUGACCCCAGGCCAAACAAGCUGCAGUUUCCUUGGAUGGUGCCGAGGGACCCUUCAGCACCAGUGGCCCCCCGGAAAUGGUCUCCACCUCCGGAAGACCCUGAAGACCCCCCGGACGAUGAAGCGCCCACCUCGAGUCUCCUGACUGACCUGAGAAAGCAGCCGGCUCGUGUGGAGCGACUGAGCCCCCUGGACCUCGACCAGGUGGCCCGUGUGAUCGCAGACGCUGUGCACGGUGUGGGUGCCUCAGGGCCGUGGGAAGGCAACGCGGGCGAGCCGGCAGGCAGCUCAGACGAGCGGCCCCCCGAGGACGGCGACCAGGGCAGAGACGGCCCGCAAGAUGGCGGAGCGCGAGGCGAUGAUGGCACAGUUUACGGAGAGGUCAGCCCUCUGAGCCUCAAACUCGGGGACCUCCUGCAGGACCCAGGGCCGCCUCUUGCAGAGUCCUUCAAAGCGGAGAGCAAGAAAUCGGAGGAGCCCGAAGCCGCCUUGUCGUCAGAGGAGGAGGGGGCUGGAGUGGAAAACGUGAAGAGUCAGACGUACUCCAAAGAUCUGCUGGAGAGGCCGCCACAUUCGCAGCCCUGGGGCGACGGGCUUGGGGAGUCUCAGCGCUGGGCCCCGGGGGCCUUGCAGGAGGACCAGCCGCUUGAAGCAGGAGCUCAGGGACAGCCGGGCGACGGCCUGCGACUGGAGGUCAAGUCUCCCGCGGAGGAGGCGUACGGUUACAUCGUGACGGACAAUGACCCCCUGAGCCCGGAGAAGGGGAAGGCGCUGACGGCGGACGUCGCACGUCUCCUGCAGGUGCCGCUGAGCGUCUUCGCAGACAUCGAGGUCCUGGGACCAGCGGUGACUUUCAGAGUGAGUCCCAACACCCACAACUUGACAACUGCAGGCGUGGUGAAGGCAGCAGCUGACAACAAGGACAAACUGGAAAGGUCAUCGGGACUGAAAAUCCUUCAGGCCGGAGUCGGGUCGAAAAGCAACCUGCAGCCUCUGCCUCACCAGGCCGAGCAGGAGGACUCCACCAAGUUCGUGGUGCUCACGCUGACCUCCAUCGCCGCCAUGGCCGGGGUCCUGCUGGCCUCCGGGGUCAUCUACUGCCUGCGGCACAGCAGUCACCACCGGCUCAAGGACAAGCUCUCCGGCCUCGGGGGCGACCUGGGCCCCGACGCCACUGCUGCCUACCAGGAGCUCUGCCGGCAGCGCAUGGCUGUGCGCACGUCUGACCGCCCGGAGGCCCCGCAUGUGUCCCGCGUCAACAGUGUGUCCUCGCAGGUCAGCGACGGGCCGAUACCCAGCCCUUGUGCACGAAGCAGCACCUCGUCCUGGUCCGAGGAGCCUGCUCCCCCCAACAUGGACAUCUCCACCGGCCACAUGGUCCUGGCCUACAUGGAGGACCACCUGAAGAACAAGAACCGGCUGGAGAAGGAGUGGGAGGCGCUGUGUGCCUACCAGGCCGAGCCCAACAGCUCGCUCGUGGCCCAGAGGGAGGAGAACGCGCCCAAGAACCGCUGCCCGGCCGUGCUCACCUACGACCACUCCAGGGUCCUGCUGAAAUCGGAAAACAGCCACAGCAAGUCGGACUACAUCAACGCCAGCCCCAUUAUGGAUCGUGACCCCAGGAGCCCUGCGUACAUCGCCACCCAAGGCCCGCUGCCCGCCACCGUGGCUGACUUCUGGCAGAUGGUGUGGGAGAGUGGCUGCGUGGUCAUCGUCAUGCUGACUCCCCUGUCGGAGAACGGCGUCAGGCAGUGCUACCACUACUGGCCGGACGAAGGUUCCAACCUUUACCACGUCUACGAGGUCAACCUGGUCUCCGAGCACAUCUGGUGUGAGGACUUCCUCGUGAGGAGCUUUUACCUGAAGAACCUGCAGACCAACGAGACGCGCACCGUGACCCAGUUCCACUUCCUGAGCUGGCACGACCAGGGCGUGCCUUCCUCCGCGAGGUCACUUCUGGACUUCCGCAGAAAAGUAAACAAGUGCUACAGGGGCCGUUCUUGUCCAAUAAUUGUUCAUUGCAGCGAUGGCGCGGGCCGGAGCGGCACCUACGUCCUGAUCGACAUGGUUCUCAACAAGAUAGCCAAAGGCGCUAAAGAGAUCGACAUCGCCGCCACCCUGGAGCACCUGCGGGACCAGAGGCCGGGCAUGGUCCAGACGAAGGAGCAGUUCGAGUUCGCACUGACGGCGGUGGCUGAGGAGGUGAACGCCAUCCUGCAGGCCCUGCCCCAGUGAUGCCAGCCCGACGACACGGCUGGGGACCGGACACGACUUCACGUGUCUUCUAGUGUUAACUGCCUGGUAACAGGUCCUUCAAACUCCUGUAGUCACACAGUUUAGCAGUUACAACGUGUAGUUUUGUUCAACCAAAUAAUAAAGAGGUUGUGGGGACACCCAGUUCGGGGGACAGCUAGUUCACCUAUUUUCACUUUCUUGAAAAAAAUGUAGUUUCCCUUAAAGCCCACAUGUUCGUCCCCAGCUGCAAAUCGUGUUGUGUUAAUACUGGCACCCUACGUGCCUCAGCUUGUAACCCGUCACCUCCUACAGGGGGCCUGUCGGCGGGGCGGGACCCGGAGAGGCUGGCCGGGCGCUGGCCGGCCACCAGGGCACACAGCACACCUGCCAUGUGUCUCUAAGAUGGCUCCCCACCGAGAGAGGUCACUGGCUUGUCCGGGAUGAGAGGGACAGACCUGCUGACAUUCUGCAGCUUUGGGCAAAUCCUAAGAAUAUCGUCACAGCAUUUCCAUCCUGUUCCCGUGCCCUAACCCACAGCCCUGGUGACAGCCCAGCUCAGCCUUCCACCCCCCAAGGACAGGCAGAGGCCUCCCGGGGGCAAAACCUGUCCCGCCCGAGCGCCCGCUUCCGAGGCCAGCCACCCCCGGUGACACGUCACUUUGGCGAGGUUGUAGGUGAGCCCCAAACGCAAGACAGUUUUGUGACUGUAAAAACUGACUCACACGUUGCAAAAGCAGAUGAACACAUACCACAACCAGAGAGAACAAACCCGGGAUGCAACACGCUCCCUCCCGUCGGCACCAGUGGUCCCUCGGGGCUUCCUGGGCCCUGCUGGCACCCAGACAAGACCGAGGAGGAAGGUGGGAACACAGCGACCACCAGGGCCUCCCCCGAGGGAGUCGGGCCCCUGGUCACUCAGGUCGGCCAUUGGUCUGACAUCACGUAGACACGAGCUACAGGUGGUUUGGAUUUGCCAGAGUGACCCCGAGCGUCAGAUAGCCCCAACCCCCAGACACAGAGGAGCCAUUUCAUUAAACUCUGAACGGUCACAUCUGAGAGGGCAGCUCUGGGCUGCAGGUCUUGUUUCAGGGCUGGGGACAGAGGGACAUGUCCCCACACAUUCUCUCCAUAAACAGACGUCACAUCCCAAAGCCAGCGGAAGAGGGAACGUGCUGAGUGGGGGGAAGAUGCCAAACACUGCUCGUGUCUAAACGGUAUUGUCAUGUGUGUCUGCUUUUAUCGCUAUAAGUUUUGCCAAAGUUGUUUUCCUUCCUCUGUAAUCUAAAUAACUGAUAGAAACUAAUUUAUCUGAAUAUAGGAAACUACACACUGUCACUUAUAACUUCUUACGUUUCAGAAGCAAUCCUGCCGUGUGAGAUACAUAAAUCUACUUAAUUGUGCCAGAUUAAACUUCCAUUUCACAUCGAA